GUCAAGCUGGGAGCUGCCCGACCUGCGAGAAGGAAGAGUAAAAGCCAUCAGCGAUUCGGAUGGCGUGAGCUACCCCUGGUAUGGAAACACCACAGAAACUGUGACCCUGGUCGGGCCCACUAACAAGAUCUCCAGGUUCUCGGUCAGCAUGAAUGACAAUUUCUACCCCAGCGUGACAUGGGCUGUCCCUGUGAGCAACAGUAACGUGCCACUGCUGACCAGGAUUAAAAGGGACCAGAGCUUUACCACGUGGCUGGUGGCCAUGAACACCACCACCAAGGAAAAGAUCAUCUUGCAGACUAUAAAGUGGAGGAUGCGUGUGGACAUAGAGGUUGAUCCCAUGCAGCUGCUGGGGCAGCGGGCUCGGCUGGUGGGAAGGACUCAGCAGGAGCAGCCCCGGAUCCUCAGCAGGAUGGAGCCCAUCCCACCAAACGCACUAGUGAAGCCCAAUGCCAACGAUGCCCAGGUCCUCAUGUGGAGACCCAAGCGAGGCCAGCCUAUAGUUGUGAUACCUCCCAAGUAG